AGUUUUGUCCUGCAGUCUGAAUGCUCUGACUCUCUGCGUGUUGAUAGGUCAACAGAAACUGUCAAUCACAGACUGACCUGCCCACUCAACACAUCUCUGCUGGUUCACUCUCGUUUAGAGUGUUAAAAGUGUGUGUGUGUUCUGAGUGUUUACAGUGUGUGUGUGUUUGUUUCUGAAAGCUGAAGAUGGAGAUCCUCAGAAUGAUGCACCGGCAGGCUAAAAAACACCCCGGGCUCAUCCCUCAGUUCGUCUUCAUGUCUGUGGGUGUGUGUGGAGCGUCUCUUUAUCUGAUCCGGCUGGCUCGAGGACCACACAUCAGCUGGGACAGGAGGAAUAACCCAGAGCCAUGGAACAAACUCAGCCCGACCCAGCAGCUGAAGUUGGUGGCCGUCACCACAGACUAUAAGUGUCUGAAGAAGGAAGGACCUGACUUUUAAAAGACCUCCGAGGACACACAC